AAUUCAUAUUACCAAAGCACUUUGUCUUGGUAAUACAUUAGUAUUUUCUUCGUGAAAAAUAAAAUCAUCUUCAACAUGACUGAUAAGAAGAACCUUUUGCUGCUCUUCGACCGCCCCCAGGAACCAUCUUUUAUGCCCAAGGGUGACCAGAAAAAGGCCUUUUCUGUACCAGCAGAUUAUUUGAGUGACAAGUAUAAGCCGAUAGGAACCCAAGUAAGCAACAGAUUCGGGGAGGAAGCUAACGAAGUGAUUCCAGUAAAUCGAAUCACUGUUCCUCGUUUGGGUGAAAUUUUGGAAUUGCCUAGAGACUCAAACUUUUCUUUAUUCAUUCCUAAGCAUCGUAGAAUUGCUGGACGACUGAUUGACAUCUUUUUAGGGGUCCGAAGCGUGGAUGACCUUCUGGCAGUAGCCGUCUAUUCCAGAGAUCGCGUUAACCCUUACUUGUUUAACUACGCUUUCUCGGUAGCCCUACUUCAUAGAGCUGACACUCAGGAUCUGGAUAUCCCUUCUAUCAUUCAUUCAUUCCCGGACAAAUAUCUGGAUAGCAAGGUUUUUGCUAAGGCUAGGGAGGAUGCCAGCGUCGUACCUGAAGGAGCCAGGAUGCCAAUAGAGGUACCAAUAGACUACACCGCCUCCAACUUAGAAGAAGAACAUCGUUUGGCAUACUUCAGGGAAGAUCUCGGUCUGAACCUCCACCAUUGGCAUUGGCAUCUGGUCUACCCAUUUGAAGCUGCUCAACAAGUAGUCGCUAAAGAUAGAAGAGGAGAACUUUUUUACUACAUGCACCAGCAAAUCAUGGCCAGGUACAACUUUGAGCGGCUCUGUAACAAGAUGAAACGCGUCGAACGGUUCCUGGAUUGGAACAAAGAGAUUCCGGAGGCCUAUUUCCCAAAACUGGACAGUUUGGUGGCCAGCAGGUCGUGGCCCGCCCGUGUAUCCAACCAGAAAUUGCAAAAUGUUAAACGGGAAGUGGAUGGUAUUAACAUUGAUGUAGAUGACAUGAAGAGGUGGAGGGAUAGGAUUUAUGAUGCCAUUCAUUCGGGAAUGGUCAGAGAUAGAAGCGGUAACUCGAUUCCCUUGGAUGAAACUACUGGUAUUGACAUCCUAGGCAAUAUGGUGGAGUCCAGUAUCCUUUCUCCCAAUAGGGACUUUUAUGGUGAUCUGCAUAAUACUGGACAUAUAUUGCUCAGUUAUAUUCACGAUCCUGACCAUAGACAUCUGGAAUCCUUUGGAGUCAUAGGAGACUCAGCUACAGCCAUGCGUGACCCAAUUUUCUACCGUUGGCACGGGUUCAUUGAUGACCUCUUCCAGGAAUUCAAAGGUACCUUGCCUAGAUAUACUGAAAACCAGCUGAACAAUCCUGGAGUCACUGUCCAAGGAAUCCAAGUGGACGUGGAGGGAGGUCAACCCAACGUUUUGCAAACCUUCUGGCAACAGUCCGACGUGGACCUAUCGAGAGGCAUGGACUUCCAACCCAGAGGAUCAGUUUUUGUUAGAUUCACUCAUUUACAACACCGUGGAUUCCAAUAUAAAAUCCAAGUAAAUAGUAACCAGGCACGUCAAGGCACAUGCCGUAUUUUCAUGGCUCCUAAAACUGACGAAAGGGGCAACCCUUGGCUUUUUAGGGAUCAGAGGCUGAUGUUUAUUGAAUUGGAUAAGUUUAAGGUCAAUCUCAAACAAGGAUCAAACACAAUCGUCCGUAACUCCGUCGACUCUUCAGUGACGAUUCCCUUUGAAAGGACUUAUAGAGAUCUGGAAACGUUCCGCCCUCAGGGUGGCGAUCAAUUAGCCCAGUUUAAUUUCUGCGGUUGCGGUUGGCCGGACAACCUUUUAAUCCCCAAGGGUGCUCCUGAAGGGUUCCCUUGUCAACUCUUUGUCAUGAUCUCUAAUAUUAACGAUGAUAGGAUAAACCAAGAUAGCUCGGGAGCAUGUAACGACGCCGAUUCCUAUUGCGGAAUUAAAGACAAAUUGUAUCCGGACAAACGUUCGAUGGGUUACCCGUUCGAUCGUAUGCCGCGUAAUGGAGUGGAUACUUUGCAGCAAUUCCUUACCCCUAACAUGAGAGUACAAGACGUAACCAUUCAGUUUCAAGAUAGAACGUUUAAGCCUCGCUCUUUAACAAAGUAAUUUAUUUUACUUGGCCCAACUGUGUCUUCGUCUCCGAUUGAUAAUAAUGUACUUACUAAUUGAGCAAUAAAUGAUUUAACUAAUUAAAAA